AAACAUUCAAGAGUCUAUGGUCAUUGCCGUCGCAGAACAAGUAAGAUUUAUGAUUGUAGAGAAAUAUCUUUGGUGAUUUGUUAUGUACAAUAAUAGUUUUUUGUAUAUAUACGAACGAUAAAUGGCUAAUCGAACAGUUAAAGACGCUAAAUCCAUUCAUGGAACGAAUCCACAAUAUUUAGUGGAAAAAAUUAUCCGCUCUAGAAUAUACGAUUCAAAAUAUUGGAAAGAAGAAUGUUUCGCUCUAACUGCGGAACUUUUAGUGGAUAAAGCGAUGGAAUUGCGUUUUAUAGGAGGAGUAUUUGGUGGUAAUAUCAAGCCCACUCCUUUCUUAUGCCUGACUUUGAAAAUGCUGCAAAUUCAACCUGAAAAAGAUAUUGUUGUCGAGUUUAUUAAGAAUGAAGAAUUCAAGUAUGUUAGAGCUCUUGGAGCUUUUUACAUGAGAUUGACAGGUACUUCACUAGAUUCUUACAAAUACUUAGAGCCUUUAUACAAUGAUAAUAGAAAAUUGAGAAGGCAGAACAGAAAUGCUGAGUUUGAGCUAGUUCAUAUGGACGAGUUCAUAGAUGAAUUAUUAAGAGAUGAGCGGGUUUGUGAUGUUAUACUGCCUAGAAUUCAAAAGCGACAUAUCUUAGAAGAAAAUAAUGAAAUUGAAGCCAAAAUUUCAGCAUUAGAAGAUGAUUUAGAUGAAGAUAUGGAGUUGGAAGAUGAUGCUACUAAGUAUCAGUUAGAAGAUUAUGUACCAGAGAAAAAGGAGAAGGAAAGAAAAAGGAAAAGAAGUAAAUCGAGAGACAGAGGGAGAAGAAGUAGAAGUCAUAGCAGAGAUAGGCAUAAAAGAGAUAAAGAAAGAAAAGACAGAAAAGAUCGUGAGAAAGAAAGAGAUAGAAGAGAUAAGAAAGAUAAAGACAGAAAAGAUAGGAAAAGGGAUGAUGAAAAGUAUAGGGAUAGGGAUAGACAUUAAAUUUUUUAUUAUUAACUUAAGAAUUUUUUGUUUUUUUUUUUUUCGUUUAAAUAUAUAAUUUCGUAUGUAACAUACAUUCAGAACUAUGAUAUUUCAUUUCAACCCAAUGCUUCUUAAAUUUAUAACUUCUUCCUUCAUUAUUAGUAAUAUUCAAAGUAAACAUGAAUUUCUCCUUUAUAUUCACUAAUUCUAUAACAAACCAACAUUGUAGACGAUAAUAAUGAUUUAUCUCUGAUCCUUAAGCACUACAUAUCAACUGAUCUUAAAAACUGAAUUUGGACAAAAAAAAACAAUUAUCAAUGUCUUAUUGAUUCUCACUGAAACCAUACCUUUUUUUUAAUAUUAUUAUUAAGAUGCCUAAUGACAUUUCUAUUGCAUACCAAUCAUAUAAUUCAUGUUGCUGCGAAAGGACUUGCACAAUUGCCGAGACGAGUGGGCGUGGUUACCGAACCUCACCAGAAUAAAAGGGUAUGGUCCGUAUAUCACCUUAGUUACUAUGGUUAGUAAGUUGGUGGUCCGUAUAUUUCAAAUUCCUUAAAAAUUGGUGACUAUUUCCUCAAGCUUAUCUGUCACCAGAGCAACAGUUUCUUUUAUUCUGAUUAGGUUCGGUAACCACGCCCACUCCGGUUGGCAGUUGUCAUUUUAAUUUUCAGAUUAUUGUUUAAGAAUAUUUUCCAUGACAUCUGACACUCAAAAACUUUAUUAUUUUAAUUAUGAAACGAAUACCAUCCAGAGCCAUUAAGAACUAUUAGUUAUUUACAAAUUAAAAGAGAUCAACCCUUUAUAACCCCAAAAUUCUGUCAAUGAAAAAAUUAGUUGACCAUUAACAAGCGGUCCGUAAAUAUCAUCGAUAUAGAAUAGAAGGAUGCCCUAUGAGCCGUUAUCGUGCUAGAAAAAAAGUGACCAGUAGGCGGGGUUAAUUCUAUCAGGGCCGGAGUUAGGGGUGAAACACUGGUGCGACUGUUUCAGGCGCCUCUUUCGAUGGGCGGCAAUUUAGCCCAGUUUGUGGCCGCCCUUUCAUAUUUCUGAAAAAAUAUAGUCUUGAUUCUUUAAAACAAUAUGAGAUUGGUCCGCUUUGCUGCGUUUAUCAACAUUCCUUGCAAUAAAAAUCCCCAAACCGUCUUUACUCAUAAUAUACAACAUAUCCUGAUAUAUAAAUUUUAAUAUAUUUGGAGUAUGGUGAAGAUGGAUAUGCAAAUUGUGAAUACGGAUCUGUUCAUGUCUGGGUACGCCACUGAACCAAGGUUAUAUAGGGACCAUACCCGGAGAUUGAAUGAUUUUAGAUUCUUUAUGACAGGGAUUUAGGUGGUUGAAGAUGUCGAGAAAUUGGAUGAUUCUGUAUAUAAAGAGCAUAGCAACGUAUUCAGAAAGGGCAACAUUGUGAUGAUAUCAUAUAUCUUCGUGUUUGGGUUAACCCACUACACCACUUUAUGAUAUAGCGCCAUAGGUUGAAUAAACCAUUGAAAAAUCUUUUACACUGAAUAACAUUCCCAAAUUUGUGGAAAAGAGAUCGAAUAGUCCCAGUCUUUUAGAAGAAUGACAGGAGCAAGAUCAAUAUCUAUCCUCUCCAAUUUCGCGAAGGUAUAUGAGGAGGCUGGUGUGUGCCCUGCCUGUGGAGCUGACCUUUCCUCCUUCAUGAGAGAGAUGAGAGUAUUAUCAUUGUCUGAAAGACAAGAACAUCAGUGUGCAAAAUUUUCUCGAAAGUUGCUGAACGGUGCUCUCGACUGUUCAUAUCUGCUGUCCAAAGUGAAUAUUAAAGUUCCAAGGUUGACCUCUAGAUCUGCUCCUGUCUUUCGUUUGGCGACACCUAGUUUUAACAAGAUCUGAACCUAGUUUUAACUUGUUGAUUCGUGCACCAAUUUACUGUGCGUGUAAAAGUGCAAAUGGGCUGAGAAUGAACACGUUUUCUCAAUUGUUUAGGUCAAGUGUUAUGAUUUUUUUUGUCCAUUCUUUAGAUUGUACAUUGGAAAGAAUUUUCUGCAUAUGUAUAAUAUUUUUUUCAGGUUGCGAGUUAUCUUAUUUUGUUGAAUAUGUUUUUAUUUUACCCUAUAAUUGGGAGUACUUCUGUUGGGUAAUAAAGUUAUAAUAAAGUAA